AUUUUGCCCACCCAUUGAAUAGAAGGAUCCAGAAACCCUAACUAAAACCUGCCUAUAAAACAACUUCCACUCUCAACCUUCUUCUCUAUCUGCCUCCCCUGUUCCCUCUGUCAUAAAACCCUAGCUAUUCCUCUGUUUCUGCAAUUUCAACUUGUGAGAGUUUUAAUCGAAAUCUUCAGUAAUGGCGGAAACAGAGUCGUUUGCAUUCCAGGCCGAGAUCAACCAGUUGUUGAGUCUCAUCAUCAACACCUUCUACAGCAACAAGGAGAUCUUUCUUCGUGAACUCAUCAGCAACGCCUCCGAUGCUCUGGAUAAGAUCCGAUUCGAAGGUUUGACGGAUAAGAGCAAACUCGAUUCCCAGCCGGAUCUCUUCAUCCACCUGAUCCCGGACAAGACCAACAACACGUUGUCCAUUGUCGACAGCGGAAUCGGGAUGACCAAGGCCGAUUUGGUGAACAAUUUGGGAACAAUUGCAAGAUCCGGCACCAAGGAAUUCAUGGAAGCCCUCGCCGCCGGCGCUGACGUCAGCAUGAUUGGGCAAUUCGGUGUUGGGUUCUACUCUGCAUACCUUGUUGCUGACAAAGUAAUUGUUACAACCAAGCACAAUGAUGAUGAGCAAUACGUUUGGGAGUCUCAGGCCGGUGGAUCUUUCACCGUUACCAGAGAUACUUCCGGCGAGGUUCUCGGAAGAGGGACGAAGAUCACUCUUUUCCUGAAGGAGGAUCAGCUGGAGUACCUUGAGGAGAGGCGGCUCAAGGAUUUGGUGAAGAAGCACUCUGAGUUCAUCAGCUAUCCUAUUUCUUUGUGGGUUGAGAAGACAACAGAGAAGGAAAUUUCUGAUGAUGAGGAUGAAGAGGACAAAAAAGAUGAGGAUCAGGAAGGAAAAGUUGAGGAAGUUGAUGAGAAGGGUGAAAAGAAGAAGAAGAAGAUCAAGGAAGUUUCUAAUGAAUGGUCACUGUUGAAUAAGCAGAAGCCAAUCUGGAUGAGGAAGGCAGAGGAAAUCACCAAGGAAGAAUAUGGUGCUUUCUACAAGAGUCUUACUAAUGAUUGGGAAGAACAUUUGGCUGUCAAGCAUUUUUCAGUUGAGGGUCAGCUUGAGUUUAAGGCAAUCCUGUUUGUUCCUAAGAGGGCUCCUUUUGAUCUGUUUGACACUAGGAAGAAGCCUAACAACAUCAAGCUGUAUGUUCGCCGGGUGUUUAUCAUGGACAAUUGUGAAGAAUUGAUGCCUGAUUACUUGAGCUUUGUCAAGGGUAUUGUUGAUUCUGAGGAUCUUCCUUUGAACAUCUCCCGUGAGAUGUUGCAGCAGAACAAGAUCUUGAAGGUGAUCCGCAAGAACUUGGUGAAGAAGUGCAUUGAGCUUUUCUUUGAGAUUGCUGAGAACAAAGAGGAUUACAGCAAGUUCUAUGAGGCAUUCUCCAAGAACCUGAAGCUUGGUAUCCAGGAGGAUUCUACAAACAAAGCCAAGCUUGCUGAGCUUCUCCGGUACCAUUCGACCAAGUCGGGUGAUGAGCAGACUAGCCUGAAGGACUAUGUGACCAGGAUGAAGGAAGGCCAGAAUGAGAUUUACUACAUCACUGGUGAAAGCAAGAAGGCUGUUGAGAACUCUCCAUUCCUUGAGAAAUUGAAGAAGAAGGGAUAUGAAGUUCUCUACAUGGUUGAUGCCAUUGAUGAGUAUGCUGUUGGUCAGCUCAAGGAAUUCGACGGGAAGAAACUGGUUUCUGCUACCAAAGAAGGUCUCAAGCUUGAUGAGACUGAGGAUGAGGCUAAGAAGAAGGAAGCAUUGAAGGAGAAGUUUGAAGGGCUUUGCAAGGUGAUCAAGGAUGUUCUCGGUGACAAGGUCGAAAAAGUGAUUGUCUCGGACCGUGUUGUCGACUCUCCUUGCUGUUUGGUUACUGGUGAAUAUGGCUGGACUGCCAAUAUGGAAAGGAUCAUGAAGGCACAAGCUCUGAAGGAUUCGAGCAUGUCGGGAUACAUGGCGAGCAAGAAGACCAUGGAAAUCAACCCGGAGAAUCCAAUCAUGGAGGAACUGAGGAAGCGUUCUGAUGCUGACAAGAAUGAUAAGUCUGUGAAAGAUUUGGUGCUGCUGCUGUUUGAGACUGCUCUGUUGACCUCUGGUUUCAGCCUUGAGGAGCCCAACACCUUUGGGAACAGGAUUCACAGGAUGCUGAAACUUGGGUUGAGCAUUGAUGAAGCUGAUGAGGGUGAUGAAGACAUGUCUCCUCUGGAGGAAGGUGAUGCUGAUGCUGAGGGCACCAAGAUGGAGGAAGUCGACUAAAUCUGAUGUUUUUCUUGAAGCUUUCUCUUGUGCUUUUAGUUACUUGGCGACUGUUGGGGUUAAUAGUAGCUUUUUUUAAUGCGAAUUCUUCGCUGAUUUUGGAAUUCAAUUUCAAAUGAACAAACCACUGCUCAAAGCUUUCUUUUGAAGAAAGGCCAAAUGGCUACGAAACGUAAAGCAUUGUUAUAAUACAGGGCUGGCUUUUCCAGAUAACUGUAGCUGGAAUCUCCAGUUCCAACUUCACCAACCCAACUACCCAAGGCAAUACAGUGUUGUAAACAACAUGAGUAAUUAAAUGGCUUUCCCCCGACUGAUUAAUGAUGAGCUUUCCGAGAUUUUGGGAGCCAUUGGUUAGCAGAGAAGUGUAAUACUUAGUGAAAUUUUCAGCAGAUGUACUGCCAUUAGCAUAAUCACCUAGAAGUUUUGAGAAUGGGAUUACUCGGGUUGAGGUGACUUCGGCCUCGCAAUGUAAUGUAACAAUGAGAAAAUGGCCUUUCAGUUGAGCCAUAUAAUCAAACAGGAUACAGUGUAACCCAAACUCCAAACAACAAACAAC